UAUUAGGAAGCGAUCUCCUUGCAAGGCAGGACGGGAGGAUGGCGAGAAAUUCGGCCUUGGCUUUUCCUGCUGUUAGAGCUGCGGUGAGAAAGGAGGGGAAAGAGGAGGAAUCUCUGCUCCAAAGGGAAAGGAUUCUUGCGAAGAAGGAAACCCUCUCGAGCAGAGUUGCCGAAGGAUGCCGGAGACAGUUGGAGAUGCCUGGAACUACAUCCCAGAGGAAAUUCUCUCCCACAUCUUUUGCUACUUGUCCCUGCAAGAGAGACACGUGGUUUUUCAGGUCUGCAAGAAGUGGGCUGCAGCGGUUUCAGCCGGCUGUGUCUGGAGUUACACAGAAGUCAGGUGUGUGGUCAAAGAUGAAGACGCCGCUCCGCAGAAUUUGCACCAGUCCCUACGCCACAUCAGGCACCUCAAGGUGGCUUUUGACCAGUCCAAGGAAGGGAUCCGUCAGAAAGUCUGCCAGAUCCUGGACCUUCUGGCCAAGCAGAACCACAAGCUGCAGGCCUUGUCCAUCGAAUGCACAGGAGAAAACCCAUUUUUUUAUUCUGGCCAAGACAUCCUGCAGAGCAUCAGGGGCAUCUGCCAGAGCCAGAACCGAAUCGACCUGCGGCGAAUCGAUUUUCGGGCCAUGCCUUUCACCCUGGACGAUGGGAUCGUCCAGCUCGUGGCCUCCAGCAGCCCGAAUCUGCACACUUUGUACCUGAACAAUCGCACUUUAGUUUGCAAUGUCACUCCGGAGACAAUCAUUGAGCUGCUGAAGUCUUGCCCCCGAUUGUCCACCUUAGGGGUCUAUUAUGCCAGCCUCUCCGAGGAGGUCUUUAAGGAACUGGUGACCCUCAGCCGGCCGACUUUCAAGUGCCUGGAUAUUUUCUGCGAGCGGCUGGACAAAUACAUUCCCGUGAUUUCGGAGGAGCUGUGGGCUUUGGUGUGCGAGAAAUAUCCCCAGCUCUACGUCCAUCUGGAACUGGACCACACGGUCCCCCAGUGGAAGAUCCCACGGAUCUUGAAGCCCAACAUCCCGGUGACGGAGUUGCAGCUGAACACUUUUGCCUACAUGGUGUAUCAGAUCCGCUUCGCCACCCUCAACUACAGCGGCACUUUGGAGAAGCUCGUCCUUCGCACCACCUCCUCGGACGAACUCAACGCCUCGCUCGUCGAUUUGGCCCAAAAAUGCGCCCGCUUGAAAGAGGUCCACUGUUUCUGCGUGGUCAGCCAUGCGGUGGUGGACGCUUUCCUAUCAAGCUGCCCGAGGUUGGAAAGUUACACCCUGAAGACAUCCAAAGAACGCAGUCCGUGGCAACCCACCACCACCUUGUGAUUGCACUUAAGGGUUUUUACUUUCGGGUCAUGAGAAGAGGGAACAUUGACAAUUCAGCUUCUUCUACUAGGUUCACUCGUGGUUGUUUAUUUAUGACAGGGCCAGGGGUGAAAUGCUACCAGUUCUGACCGGGUCACUAGAACCGGUAGCAAAAAAUGCUAAGGUUCGCCGGAAUAGGGAGCUAAAAAAAAGGUUUAAAAAGUGAAAAAAAGAGGUUCCGUGAUGUUUACCGUAUUUUUUGGAGUAUAAGAUGCACC